UGCUCAUCAAUGCCAUCUGCCAGUGCCCAUCAGUGCCUCCUAUCAGUGCCAGUCAGAGCCACCUAUCAGUGCUGCCAAUCAGUGCCACCUAUCAGUGCCAGUCAGUGUCACCUAUCAGUGCGCAUCAGUGCUGCCUAUCAGUGCCCAUAUGUGCUGCCUAUCAGUGCCGCAUAACAGUGCCAGUCAGUGCCACCUAUCAGUGCCACCUAAUAGUGCUGUUUAUCAGUGCCAUAUAUGAGUGCUGCCUUUCAGUGCCCAUCAGUGAUG